AUGUGGACCCGAACGACCUUAGCUGCGAUCCUGAAGGACAUAUAUUCCUACUGCUUCCUCACUUUUCCGACUGCUCAAAGUUCUACAUGUGCGCUCAUGGUGAAGAGGUGGAGUUCAACUGCGCCCCUGGACUUAUCUUCGACUUCCAACUUCAGGUACUUGUAUCACUUAGUAAUUAUGUUAAUAGAUACUGUAGCCAGUGUAAGACCUAUAUCCCCAAUACUGGGCAGGUACAACGGUAUCAUCAACUGUAACAGAGCUGAUGCUGCAGCCAGACAGGUGCCUUAUAAGUACUGGAGAUGCGUCGCGGGCAUACCACAAGUGGUAUUCUGUUCCGACGGCCUAUUCUUCAAUGAAUUCACUCAACAAUGUGACUUCGAAGCCAACUCUAAGUGCAUACAGGAACAAGAAGACGAAUUGAAACAGGAGUUCAUAAAAUACGAAUAA